CCAGCAUUCUGGUUAUCAGAUCAGUAAAAGAAGUUACCGAAUCCAAUAUUACCUGGCAGAAAUUGAAAACGAAAACGAAAGUUGAAAAUUUGAGCCUAUUGUAAUUGUAUUCAUCACCAACUGACAGGCGACCCUCCAUUCCUCGACUUUGCUCUAGGGACACCUGAGAAAGCUAACAGAACGCGGGCUGAUUUAGAGGAGGCACUGCAGAAUUACCAUGCUUCAAGGGAAUGGAGACAGAACGACCUCAUGAAAAUGAAAGACAACGAGAACUUACGUAUCUUUGCCUCUAAAAUCGUCUUAGUUCCUUAUGAGGCUUUCCAUGUACCAAAGUACCAUGCCUGGAUGGAGUCUGAGGAGCUGAGAGAGCUGACAGCUUCGGAACGUUUGAGCCUGCAGGAAGAGUACAACAUGCAAGAAAAGUGGAGAAAUGACACAGACAAGUGCACUUUUAUUGUGCUGGACAGAGCUGUCUAUGAUCAAAAAUCCUCGGAGACCAGAGAAGUCAGAGAGACAGAGGCCAUGAUUGGUGAUGUGAAUAUAUUCUAUGAGCCUAGCCACGAUGGACGGGGUGAAGGAGAAGUGGAAAUCAUGAUAGCAGAAUCCUGGGCCCGUGGCAAAGGCUGUGGAAGAGAGGCUCUCUGUGCAAUGCUGAGAUUCGGUCAGGAAUUUCUCCAUACAGAACGUUUCACAAGCAAGAUUGGAUAUGAUAACAAAGCCAGCCUGAAGCUAUUUAAGAAGCUUGGAUUUCAGGAGAUCUCAAGAUCAGAUGUUUUCAAAGAAGUUACACUGGAGUUUGAUGCCAGCAGUCAUGGAGUUUUUAAUGCCUGGACGCCCGGAUAUUGUGUUGAGACAAUAAAAUAAUAUACAUCCACGAAAAA